GCCAUCUUUGAGAAUAGCAGCAACGAUACCUUGUUCAUAAUCCAUUUAUAACAACCUUUGAAACUCAUCUUUUUUGCUAAAAAUGGUUAAGAUGAGGCCAGAAACGAAGAAGAGGGUCCAGACUGUCAUAAAAUUUAGCAAGACAGCAUUUCAUUGGGGUUUUAUCCCGCUGAUUAUAUAUCUGGGUACGUUAACUCACGUAUCUGCAGCAUAGCUCGUAUUUGGUCAUAUUUCCCGGGACUAAAUUGUGCUAAAUGAUCUUAGAAAUAACUAUAGGAUAUAGAAGGUACUUACUAGAGCACGAUCUCGUCUCUUUUCAGGACUAAAGCAGGGUGGAGAGCCUGGAAUGCCUGAACCAACUUUGUUAAGGUAAACCAGUUUGUAGAGAUCACUAAGCACGUGUGAAGAACACCGUAACUUAAAGGCUUUGGUGUAACUUGUUUGAGUGUUUCCGGGAAUAAUUUCUGCUCUCUUUUCCUCAUUUUUGGGGUUGAUUUGCUCGUACGUCACCCAAUUUUAUUGUUCACAAACAGUACUUAAAGUUAGUCAUAUGAUAUAUAAAACAUGUGUUAUUUGACCGAUGUUUACAAAGCUCCAUUUUAGGUAGCGUUUUUCUCUGAUUGUGUAAUUUCUGAUUGAGUAAUUUCCAUCGGCUUAAUACGUUUUAGGUAAGAAUAUCGACAGUCUUUUAAUGGUCCAACAGGUGUUUAACUAAAUUUUUUUAUUUACUUUACCUUAGCCUAGUCACUGACUAUUUAUGUUACCAAUAGACGUCACAAUGUGGGUAGGAACAAAAACGAGGUGCAGCAGAGUGUGUCACCGAUGUUCUUAUCACAUUUUGACCUCAUCUGUGACCUACUACUGAGCAGACUUACAGCAACAUGGCAUCUAUUUGUGCUCUAUAUUUUAUAAAGAAGCUAAACCUGUUGUUGUUAUUGUCAUCCAUGGGUGCAUCUUCUGAUAUAUUAUAAGCAAGAACCAAUCAACAUGCAGAUAUAAUUCAGCUUAUUAUAUAUUUUAGUGUAUUCAGCUCCACAACACCCAAGCUCCAAGUAUUACCAUGCCAUCUACUUAUAGUAAAAAAAAGAGAGAAAUUUGAAUUUUUUUUUUUAUUGUCAGUCUUCUUUGGGC